UCUUUUAGUUGAUAACGGUUUUUAGCUUUGGCUACGUGAGUUAACACUUGUAAGAUUAUUACAUAAUUCCAGCGGCAUUAUGACUUUUGACUAAAUUUUUCUUCAAGAUUAGAAAACGCUUGGCGUUUGUUCAGAAAAAAAAUUGAUUAUAAGUUGCUCGUAUUGUUAUAGCAGUUUCAGGCAAGACUAAGCUGGGUUUAAGAUAGGUGUUAAAAUUUAAUUUUUUUACUUUUGUGUUUGAAAUUAUUGUGUUGCCUGUUAAUAAACAAAUUUGCAUAAAGGGAAAACCCAUUAUUUCUUUCAAAUUUCACUUUUUCUUUGCACAUUUCUACUGAGCACUUCCACUUGGCCCGUCAAAUGGGCUAGUUAAAACUGCACAUGUAUAUGCAAAGAGACUUUAUUUCCUUUUACAUAUGAUUUCUCUUUAUAGAAUGGUUUACACUGAAAACUGUGCAAUCUACGAUGGAAACUAUAAAAAGCUGAAGCCAGUUUGUGCUCUAAAAUCUCUAGAAUAAUUAUAUUAUUGGAACAAUUAUAUUAAAACUUAUAUUUUUAGACCGAAAUAAAAAAAACUAUAUUUCUAUCGAAAAUAAUCGAGAGAAAGAUUGAACAGAAUAAGGAAAUAAAAAAAAAAACAGUCAAAAACACAUAUAUACAGUCUGCCAAUAAAGAUUGUUCGUUCCUUGCUACUCAAUUAAAAUAAAAGCUAAAGCUUACAAUUCACGUUCAAAAUGCUCGAAACAAUAUUUGGGUGACCAAUUUAAUAAAAUAGCUGUCCUCGAGUGCAUCAAGUGUUGAGCCGUUUAACUUGAAAGUCAUAAAAAUCAAGCAAUUCGCUACUCUUUCCUAUGACGAUAUCGCCACAGAAUCUUGAGCCUGACGUCAAACGGUAGCCCUAUGGCAACUCUUUGUGAGGUACUAAAGUGAAAAUCUUCUUGUUAGCGGUUCGAUUAUUGUAGUGAACGCUACAAGCACGGUUGUCUUCCCAAUACAAAUUUCCUUUUUUUUAGGAAGUCAACAAUUAAUACAUUCGCCGAAUUAGUUUUGGUAAUCACGACGUGAAAUUACCAAUGUCAGGUACGCCGACAAGUCACACGAUUCCCACCGAGCAUCGCCCGAGGCCUUCCGAUACUUAGUCGAUUAGUCGACAACUUCGAUUGUAUCUUUUUUCCUCGACCUCAGAAUUGGUCUAUGUAAUAACUCCAUAGCUGCUUUUAAUUCCGUUUUGCAAUCUAAACAUUAAUAAACCAUACUUGUCUGCAAUUCGAUGGGUUAAGCUUUUGCCCUGUUUCCGCGUAUUCUACCGGGUUCAUGCCGUCAACAAACGUUAGCCAAUCUCAACGCAACACUGAGAACAGACCUCUUUAAGGUGGAAAAAUCAUUAUUGGUUUCGUCUUUUGUCGAAUGCCAUAAAAAGGCUUGCUACUAAAUAUCAAGCGUGAAGACGGACACUUCUGUUGCGCUUGCGCAAACUGUCAACAUUUCUUCUCUAUCAUAAAUCCUGUGAAACCAAAGAACAUACAAUUGUAUAACGGUCUCAAAACUCCUGUUCUUUUUUAUUAUUCGCGUGUUAAAAUGGAAAAGAAAAGAGGAAAAGAAGCGUUAAAAAACAGAGUUACCCUUAUUCCUUAUACUGAAAGUGAUUGAUAACGACUGAAUUAUCGAUAUUGAGUACUCUAUUACGAGUCACUGAGAUCACGCAAACUAAAUCAUAAAUUUCUAGAAAUAAUCUGAUUUAACUUUUUGAAUAGCAUGCGUGGGGGAUGUUUUGUUCCAUGCACCGUUUUUCCCUCGGAAGGGUUAAAGGCGGUUCCGCCGAGACAAUGCAAGAGGAAAAUAAUUCAUUUGAGACAUAAUCUUCUUCAGAGAUGUCACAAAAUAAAUUAAAAAAAGGAAUAGAAAGAUCAACAACUUUCCUGUGAUUAACGUCGUGUUUUGGUUGCUAUCAAUAAAACGAAGGGACGUUUUUGUUUUAUUACUCAUUUUUGAUUCUACUAUAUACGUGACUGAUAUUCGGGCGAAAAAACUUUUAUUGAUACAACACCGUAAACAGAAGAUUUAAUCUGAAUGGGAAGUGAUCUAAACGGCACAUCAGGCGAACGUUCAUUCUACAAUAAAAGCUUGAGAGGUUAGGAAGGAAAGCAGAGAGAGAGAAUAAGAUUUGGACACAGUUCUUGACUUUGAAAGAUUGGAGACUUUUAGGUAAACAUUUAUUACAGAACAACGAACCACACUUGAAAAACUUGACUCGGUAAAAAGGAAACUCACAAGUAUAAGACCACUUGAAGUUGGAAAAAGAGGAGAAAGAAUCCACUCACUUCGCAAAUGGAACAUAUCAGCAACACUAGCACAAGUCUUGAUAACACAAGUGAAUCUGGGACAACAGACCCUGUUGGCUCAAAUCAUCUUAGAACCAUCAAGCUGACAUUGUACACACUUAUCUUCCUCGUAAGCGCAGCGGGGAAUACCUUGGUUUGUAUUGUCAUCUUAAAACGCAAGAAAAUGAAGACCGUCACGAAUUACUUCAUUCUAAACCUUGCGGUGGCCGACCUGGCGUUGACUUGUAUUUGUAUUCCGUUCGAUAUCCCUGUUCAGGAGAUGGGCUACAUCUGGCCUUACGGUGCCGUCAUGUGCAAGGUCUUGUACCCACUACAAACUCUAACUCUCUUCGCGUCCGUUUAUACGCUCACCGCAGUGAGUCUGACGAGGUACUGGGCGAUCGUUCACCCUCUCCGCAAACAGUUAAGCGUCUCUAAGGCCAAGACCCUAGUCAUAGCUAUCUGGGUGCUCUCCCUGCUUCCCGUGGCUCCUUACAUGAAUUCAUUAUCAUACGUACCGCAUUCCAAGUACUGCGAAGAGAACUGGGACAAUCACAACGCAAGGAAGGGCUACACAGCGUCCCUAUUCGCCUUUCAGUAUGUCAUCCCAUUGACAAUCAUAGCUACAGCUUACUGUAGCAUCACGCGCGAACUCAGUAGACGGACCAUAGAGAGCGCAUGCGUACGAAAUCAACAACACAAAGAGACGAAGAAGGUAGUACGCAUGCUCAUGAUUGUGACUUUACUGUUCGCAGUGUGCGUUUUACCGAACAAUGUCAUGUGGCUUUGGCUCGACUUCGGCGCGGCGGAUAAAAGCUUCAAGUAUUUCUGGGAUGUGGUGGCAUUUUGUCACGUGUGGACGUUCCUAAAUAGCGCAGCCAACCCAAUUUGCUAUACAAUCUUAAACGAGAAUUACCGUAAGGAGAUACAAAUAGCGUUCAUGGAGUAUAGGAGGAAAAGGGUGAAACGCAGGAGUGACAGUGACCCAACUCAAUUUCGGUCCGUUCAUAGGGAGAGCUUAAACGCAAUGCUUACAUUACUUAUACCGAAUAGUAAGACCAAAUCCUCGACGACACAGUUAUCGUUUGUAUAAAACCAUGUGUGAGUAACAGACAAACACAUUAUCAAAGAGAUUUUAAAAAAAAGUACUGUGGGGAACAGCCGACCGAAGUUGGUGCUACAUGCUUUUAAGCAGGUGCUGGAAGAUGAAAACCUUAUUUUCUUUUCUGUUUUUAUUUGCGCAUGGCGAAAUUACAAAAAUUACGAAUAAAAAAAGCGAAAGAAAUGUAGCGAAAACAUUUGAUUAAUAGUGAAAAAGAACUGAAAAUACUGUACUCUCUCUGGGGAUUCAAAAUUCGAAACCUCUUAGAUCCCUUAAAAGGCACUCAGGAAUAUAAAAUUAUCGCUUAUUGCCCGCUUCGAUUUAUUUUUACCACAAUAGAAACCCAAACGUUUCUAUAUUGUUUUCAAAACACCUGUUUCACCCAGGGUUUUUUUCUUUAAACGCAUUAACACGCAGAUAGGCAAAGGGGAUUUCAAACUGAAAAACGAUUGAUGAAAUUGUGCAAUAUCAUGCACAGAAUCAAUAACUCAGAUAGAAUCCAUGUUAGAAUUCAAACACUUUCUGUUCAGGGUUGAAAUAGCUAAAAGAUAUCAUAAAGCUUUAGUAUUGUCUAAAAGUAAAGAUGAAUAUCUGCAA